AAAGGAUUAUUUAACAGAAUUAUUAAAUAAUCAACAAGUAUGGCAGAUAAAAUAAAAUCAUUUCUUCAAAAGAAGGUGUUGAAUGCAAAAUUUGCGAAUGCUGGAAAAGGAUACAAACUAACGGAAUCAACAAACAGUGGUGUAUCUACUUCAAGAGUAGAACCAGUAGAAAGAGUAGAACCUACAGUAGAAGCUAAAACAGCUGGCCAAGCUGCAUUGGCAAGAUUAGAAACAAAAACAAAUAAUAGAAGUAAAUAUAAAAAAUCGUACGAAGCUAUAAAAGCACAAGUAAAACUUGAGUUGGAACAGGAAAAGAAGGCACAACAGAAUGAUACAGAAUUAAAACACGAAACUGAAGAUAAAGUCAGAGACAAUUCAUUGCUAGCUGUAACCGAUGUAUAUUUUCGUUGUCCAUACUUAUCUAAUGAAAUAUUACCAAGAGAUGAAUGGAAGAAAAAGAUAAAGGAAUUUUUGUAUGACCAGUUAAAAGGAGAAGAAGCUGGUCUAACAGCAUGUUUAGUUAUACAAAAUUGUAAUUCUGGAAGAGAAAAAAUUAACAACUGUGUUGAAACACUUGGAAAAUAUUUAGAAAAUAUCAUAAAUAAUCCAGAGGCAGAGAAAUAUAGAAAAAUCAGAAUGCAUAAUAAAAUAUUUCAAGAGAAAGUGCUCCCUGUAGAAGGCGCGUUGGACUUUUUACAUGCUGCUGGCUUUCGUCAAACAAAGUUGCUGCAUAAUGAUGUAGUAGAAGAUUUCUUAGUUUGGGAUCCAGAGAACUGUGAUAUUGUGAACCUUACCAUGCUAUCGGAAGCAUUAAUAUCUGCAGAAGUUAUCCCACUUGAAUUAGAUAGAAACCUCCAAGUAUUGUUGCCUAUGCAAGCAAGUCAGAGAAGUGAAUUGCCGCCAAGCUUUUUUAAUUUAACACCGGAGGAAUUACGAAGAGAACAACAACUACGAACUCAAAACGUUGAAAAAAGUCAAAUGCUGAGAACAAGAGCUAUGAGAGAAACAGAGGAGAAACAACAGCGACUUAGAAAAUAUAAAUACGCUUUGAUUCGUAUCAGAUUUCCAGAUGAUAUUAUUCUACAGGGAACAUUUUCUGUACAUGAAAAGUUUCAAAAUGUAGUCGAUUUUGUUAGUGAAAACAUAGUAAACAGUGAGACGUCUUUUAUGUUAAAAGGUUUAAUUGGAGAAACAUUUAACAAAAAAUGUUUAGAUAAAACUUUACUUGAACUGGAAUUGUUUCCUGCUGCUCUUUUAAUAUUUGCUGUUAAGGACGAGUCGAAGAAACCGAAUGAUUCUACAGGGUAUUUGAAAGAAGAAAUACUCUCUUAUGUUCAGUCCAUUUAAAAUUAUGUUUAUUGUAACUAUUAAUCAUUGUGUAUUCUAAGUCUAUUACAAUGUAAAAACGGUAAACAGUUUAUGGCCAGGCCUACAUUUUUCUAACAUAACGGAAAUAUUAUUCAAAUUGUAUAGUGUUAUCAGAAUAAUUUGUAAUCAUUCCAAUUA